UCGCGCGGAGUGCAGACAAGAUAAACGGACGGAGAAGUGGAAGGCUGUCGAGAUGGAUAUUUUUUGACAAAAGGACGUAUCUUAUGGAUUGGAGCUCAACAUCCCCGGAGCCCGGACAGGCUGAGAGCCAGAGUGCUGUGGAGGAGAAAUCACCCAACAUCACCAGUCACAUGUCAGAACUGUGUAGUGAUGAAACAGACAAUGGUCCUCCACUUCAGCCCCACACACUCAAGGAAUUUGAACAGCAUCUAAAUGAUCUGAAGAAGGAGAACUUCAGCCUCAAGCUCCGGAUCUACUUCUUGGAGGAGAGAAUCCAACAGAAGUAUGAGGAGAGCAGUGAAGAUGUCUACCGCUCAAACAUUGAGUUAAAGGUGGAAGUAGAGAGCUUGAAGCAGGAGCUCCAAGAGAAACAACAGCUUCUCGACAAAGCUCUCAAAACAGCAGAGAGCUUGACAAAUCACAAUGAAGCAGAGCUGCAGAGACGGUGUCAGGAGAGACAGCAGGAAAUUGACCAAAUGCAGCAAGUUCUUGAGACCAAGAUACAGCUCCUGCAGGAGGAGGCCCAGUUAGCACGUAGUGAAGCAGACCGGAUGGCCUCACUGGCUGGAUCUCAGUCCCAGGCCUCACUCCUGUCUCUCGACACCCCCAUGGACAACAUCCCAGAAGAGGAUAGGCAGCAGGACAUCUGGCCCCCAUCUAAUACCAGCAAAGACAGACUGAUAGAAGAAUUGACAAAAGAGAUUCGAUCCAAAGAGGCCCUCAUCACAGAGUUGACCAGUGAGAAGAAUUCUCUCUCACGCCAAGUGGAGGAGCUAGAGGGCCAGGUCCAGGAGCUGUCUUCCUUUCUGCUACAAAAAGAUAAAGAUGUUGAUUUCUAUCAGGAAGAACUUGGCCGUGAGAGGCUACGCAUUGAAGAAGAGAUGCAGAGCCUUGUAGAGGAGCAGCAGAGUCAACUAAACCAGUAUGAGUGUGCAGCUGGGCAGUGUGUCAGUGAACUGCAGAAGGCCCAACUCCAGGUUCAAUCUUUGCAAGCUAAAUUCCACGAGAGCGAGGCCAAUAACAUGAAACUGCAGGAGAAGCUCAGUGAGAUGGAGUGUGAGCUUCGUUCACUUCGUCAAUCAUCUCAAAGCCAGGAGCGAACUAUUCAGGGCCUCAAUGACUGCAUCAACACCAAAGACAGUGAGGCUCAGGAGCUGUACCAGAUGUUGGAAGGGCAGAAUGCUACCCUUUGCAAAUUGAGAGAAUUGGUACAACACAAUCAGUUGAGUCAGAGCAAGGCUCCAGAGGGUAGCACUGAGGCCCUGACAGUGGCCCAGCUGCAGGAUGAGCUGGUGGCUGUGCAGAGCUCAUUGUUUUCCCUUGGUCUUGAACUGGAGGCGAGUCAGAGGAGUUUGAGACAGAGCCAGAGGCGAGAGGCUGACCUAAUCAAGUUCAAAGAGAGACUUGAUUCAGAUUUACAGGAAGCUGUGCAGCACAGGGAGGUCACAGAAAAACAUAACCAGACUCUCCACUGCACCCUUCAAAAAACCUGCUCUGAGCUUCAAACUAAAGAAGCUGCUCUGAAAGAGACUGAGGCAGAGAAGCACCGUGUGGUGCUUGAGAAAGAAAGGACUAUUGCACAGCUCAAACAGUUUCUGGGAGACAGAGAGAGGAAAUUAAAGGAAUACUCUGAGAUGUUGGAGUCCAUAGAAAGAUGCAAACAGAGAGAUGUUCUUGUGGAGAAACUGAGGGAACGAAUUAAAGAAAGAGAUAAAGCUCUUGAGCAUUCUAUUGAUGAGAAGUUCCAUUGUCUCGAUGAGCAUGAGAGCCAGGUGAGGAGCCUUCAGCUGGCUCUUCGGGAGAAGGAGCGUGACCUGGAGAGGCUCCGGUGCAUCCUGUCCAAUAAUGAAGACACCAUCACAAGUCUGGAUUGUUUGGUGCGGAGUAAAGAUUUGGAGCUGGAACAGGCAGCAGAGGCCUACAGGAACCUGCAAUGGCUGAAGCAGCGCAGUGAGGAGAAGGACAGAAACACUCUGAGAGAAAGGGACUCCAUCAUUAGCCAGCUACAAGCCGCCCUACGGGCACACAGCAAGGAAACACAGGAUUUGACAACAGCUCUUGUUGCCAGAGGUCAAACUCCCCCCAGUGAGGUCAUAGAGGAGUUAAAGGCUCGACUUUCUCUAAAAGAGAAGCUGUUCCAGGAGCUGCUCUCAGAUCGCAGCUGCCAAUCAAAUGAACAUCAGACUCAAGUUCAAGACUUGCUCAACACCAUCAGCUCCAAAGACCAGUAUCUGCAGGACUAUUCAUACAGGAUGUCAUUGGUGAUUACUGAGCGGACUGGUCAGUUGCAUGAAAUGGAGAAACAACUGUCAUUAAGAGAACAGGAGCUGUGUAAACUUAAGCAAGACAAGGAGCUGGGAGGAGAUGCAGAGAAUCUUAAAAAUCUGCUCAAAGAGAAGGAUUCUCUUAUCAAGGAGCUAAUUCAGAGCCAAGAGGAUGCACUAGAAUCAUCUACAAAAGAAACAGAGGCCAAAACCUUAGCUCUGCAAGAGGAGCUGCAGCUUCUGCUCAAAAAGGAAAGAGCAGCUCAGGAAGAACUCUCUGCUCUGCGAUUAUCUUUGGGACAUCAGCAGACAGCUCAACAGGGAUCUGCCAUAAAAUACUCCGGAGAAUACCAGUGUGUGUUAGAUCAGCUCUUGUCAGAGUACAACAGUCUAAAUGAUGCCUUGAGGACCGAGAAGAGGUUAUAUCAGAAUCUGAGCCAAAUUCAUAACAGGACUGACAGCAGCGCUGACAAGAUCCAGGCCUUGCACACUGAGUUGGAUUCGGUCCAGGCACUGCGUGGACAGUUGGAGGAGGUUCUGGCACGGACUCGUAACAUGGCCUUACUGUUGGAAAGAGCUACUAAAAGGCCAGCUGACCUAGGAGAACUUGAAGAGAAAGACUUUGAUGAUGAUUGCAGCAGUGAGGAUUUUUCUGACAGCAUAGAAGAGGAGGACUGUAAAAUAACCGCACAGAGUUUUACAUCUAUUCAGGUACUUCAGUUAUAUAUUAUUCAGACUAUCAUUGUGUGUAAAUAUUUUUUUCAGAUCAUUCUUACAAAUGACCUGUCCUUUUAGGCUUCUGAGAUACAACAGCUUGAAGAAGAAAGGACAACACUCGAAGCUGAACUCGAAGAAAUCCAGUCACAGCUGGAGCAGGAUGGGUUUAGUUCAUUUGCCCAUAUGAGGAGCAUUUUAAGAAAGCUGCAGCAGGAAAACUCUGCUCUUAAAGAGAGCCACAACCAGACCAACGUAGAGCAGUGUUUGAGUGACCAGGAUACUGAAGAUGAGCUGGAGACAGAGGAGGAAGAGGACAAGGAGAGUGACGAAGAGGAGGAAUCUCCUUUUGCCAGUGUUCAUCAUCAAAUGAGACCUAACACCUUGAAUCUAUCUUCCAACGUUGUCGGGGUGGGGCCUCCUGCCUGCAGUAAGACCCCAGAGUGCUGGCACGACUUGGAGGAGGGUCUGAGGGAGCAGGCAUCCCGUCUGCGCUCUGAUCUGGCUUUGAGCUGUCAGGAGAACAGAGAGCUGCAGGAAAGACUGAUGGUGUCUGAGGCCACGGUCCAUGCUCAGGCUGAACAGCUGAAAGACUAUAGAGAUCUGUUGACAGAGACAUCCGUCAAACAGGCCAGUAAGCACGUGCAGGUGGAUCUCCAAGACCUAGGAUAUGAGACCUGUGGGCGUAGUGAGAACGAGGCAGAGCGUGAAGAUGCUAGCAGUCCAGAGUUUGAUGACCUUGAAAUGUGCACCACACUAUCACAGCAUCAAGAUUAUGAGGGUAAGGGCAGUGGUUGGUAUGCUGGUAACACCAGUAACACAGGGUCAUUUAAAACAAGAGGAGAUCCCAGCUCUCUUCAACAUCUGGUCCAAGAUCUGCGUUGUCAGCUAACCCAUUGUCACAAAGUGAUUCGUGGGCUUCAAAUGAGAGUACGCUCUUUGUCAGCCACCAGUGAUUAUGCUUCCAGUCUGGAGCGAACCCCACGAAAGGUAAACUGGGCAUUGGCUAAAUCUCCUGAACCAAGUGGUGUGGAAGAGGAUGAAGGGUGGAUGUCUGAUCCACAAGGAGUGCGCUCAGGGUCUAGCCGUAACAAAGCUCUUCAAGAACUCAUGGAAAGAGUAGCGUCAUUGGAGACACAAUUGAGAAACUCCAUUAAGGACAACAAGGAACAAUCAGAAGACACAAAAUGUGCCACAUGGCCAGGGAAGUACAACUCUUUGAUCCAGGCCCAAGCACGUGAGCUGUCCCAUCUGAGGCAGAGGAUUAGAGAAGGCCAAGGAGUCUGCUAUAUUCUCACCCAACACCUGGGAGACACCACAAAGACUUUUGAAGAGCUACUUCGUUCCAAUGACAUUGAUUACUACAUGGGUCAAAGUUUCAGAGAACAGCUCGCCCAAAGCACUGCUCUGACACAAAGACUUGUUGCAAAGAUUAGCGGAAGAGACUGUACCGAGAGCUGUGAUGAUAAGACAGCUACACUUCUUGCCUUAAGGUUAAGUAAGGAGCUUCAGCAGAAAGAUAAAAUCAUUGAGUCACUGCACUCCAAGCUCCAGCAGCGUGCAGAUACUCCUUCUAGUUGUCAUGCCCUUUCUGAAACCACCGACCAAUCCGAUCGGACAUCACUGGUUUCAGAUGAGUUUCAAGGCACUGAAGACUUGGAGAUGGGCUCGGAGGCAGACAGGCAAGAAUAUCCGGAGGACCACAGUCUGCAGCCAGGACGAUUCGUAUCAGAACAGAGUGUCUUCCUAUCCCCUUAUUCACAUCGCCCCCUCAAGUCUUCCAGCAGCUGUCCCAACAUGCUUUGCUCUGCUCGUUUUGCCAGAGCCCCAUUGCCCCAGCCCUCCUUUCCCUCUCCCUAUGGCUCUGAUGUUUGGGGUAAGGAUCUCUCCCCUGCCCCCCGACCCAGGGCCUUAUCUGCCAGUGCUGUUCAGCCUGAGCUGGGCGUACUGUAUGAGCAGAGCAGGGGUUCAUUUUCAUCUGGAGACCACAACCAUCUAAACGUCCUCAACCACAGCCAGCUAUCCCACCAUGCCUUUCAACAGUACCAGUUAGGAAUCCCGGAAGACUAUUCACUAAAGUCGGACUCUGGUUUAGUAACAGCAGGGCCUUUAUGGGACAUAGAGAGUAAGGCUCCACCAACUCUGAAUUACUCUGGAUUAACAGAACAUCCUAGUAACAGUCUUGCAGGAAUGCACCUGAUAGAGGAGCACUUACAGGAAGUAAAAUGUUUACGACAGCGUUUAGAAGAAUCUAUUCGAACAAAUGAGAGACUGCGUCAGCAACUGGAGGAGAGGCUGGCAAACACUGGGCGUGAAGGAGGAGCACCUACAAACAUCUACAUUCAAGGACUUGACACAGUUACACAACUGUCCAAUGAGAUUAGAGUCCUUAAAGAGGAGAAUUUGGGCCUACAGUCACGUCUUCAGGCAAGCACAGGUGAAGAGGUGUCACAGUUGCGGGAUGCAGUAUUCACAGCACGUGCUCGCCUUAAACAAGUAGAAUUGGAGGCAGAGCAGUGGAAAGAGGAGCUGAGGCGUCUGCAGAUUUAUAAUCAAGAACAGGGACAACAGCUCAGUGCAUUAAAACAGGAGCGACAGAUGACCCAGGAGCAAACCAACAGACUUCAGCAUGAUGUGUCUCUUCUGCAGCAGCAACUGUGUGAAAGCAGGGACCUCAUCCACUCACUGCAGGGCGAACUGCAGGUGUAUGACCAAGUUUGUGCUAGAACAAGGACAAGCAAAGGUUUCUUGUCUGAGCUUCCCAUCCUGCCCGUGGAGCUUGCUGAGCUCCUAGGGGAAGUGAGGAGUCUCCGGGCUCAGCUGCAGAACAGCAUCCAGGAGAACAGCACCCUCAAACAGUUGGAGCUGCACAAACAACUGGAGCAGAAGCUGGGCUCGCCUCGAACCCUGUGUACCCUCACUGCCAGUCCACAGAGAGAAAACUUCUACAAACGCCAGCUUGUGCAUGACCCUGCUCCGUCUCCACCGGUCAGGGACAUUGGCCUGUUUAACUGUGGCUCCCCCGGUCCGCCUUACUCAGAUCUGGAUGACUGCCAUAGCACUGCGAAUGCAGACACAUUUGACCCUCAUGCUGAACUGGAGGGAGAGGCCCCUGAUGGAUCCUUUGCAAAUCGCAAUGGCCGUCAUGUCAUCGGCCAUGUGGAUGACUUCAGUGCUCUGCUACAGCAGAUUCUGGAGGGCAGCAGUCUUGUCCAACAAAUAGACACUAUGCUACAAACAUACCAGGCCUCAUCACUGAAAGAAGAUUAUACACAGGGCUGUAAAAAUGUCCUGGAUGACACUUGCAUUAAAAUGUUAUUUGCCAACACUAAAACUCUGAGGCAAAUCUCUGAGGAGGCCAUGUCUCUGCUGAAGAUGUUUUGGAGAGCGGCUCUGCCCAGCACUGAUGCCUCAAUACAGAGCCUUAAGAAGGAGCAGUGCCUUCAGGAGGAGAUUCUGACGCUGAAACUGCGUGUUUCGGAGCAAGAAGAGGUGCUUAAAGGAACAAUUCAAAGACUGAGAAGCACCAGCCGUACAAAGGAGAACAUGGAGCACUUCAUCGUCAGUCAGUUGUCAAGAACUCGAGAUGUGCUGAAGAAAGCCAGGACAAAUUUGGAGAAGAACGAGUUGAGACUGUCCUCUCUUAGCUCCUCCUCCUCUCCUUACACUGCUGAAGUGCCAGGAGAGUCUGCCAGAGAAUGGUCUUCUGAUUACAGUGUCAUGACCUCCAGUGGUGCAGCCAAUCAACGCUUUGCAACAAGGAAACGUACCAGCCAAUGCCUGCUUUAGACCUAAACCAGCCUCAACUCUAUCACCUCUAAGCAAAAAACAGCCAUGACUUCCUCCCUGGUUUUCCCCUCACCAGCCAAUACUUCACAAAAACAGUAAAAUAAUUUCAGCCUCAAAAGAGCUUCUACCCUCCCUUGGUCCCUUACAGACAAUACACCCUAUAGUCUGCAAGCCUUACCUUGCUGAGUCAGCCAUGUCUUUGAGUGAUCAGUGAGCAGUUUGCCUUGCCAUGAGUGUUACAAAAGAAAGUUUUUGACAUGUGUCUCGAUGGUUUCAGAGACGUGCAUCCUUCGCAAGGAGCUGGAUUAAGUUGCUUCUAAAGUGUUUCUGAGUUCAUUGAUAAAAUAUAUCUUUCUAUGUUUUCUCAUCCAAACCAUCCAGCAUUUACCAUCCAAAGUAUAUAGAGGUAUCUAUAUGAGAGCGAGCCAGCCAGCCUGAAGGGAAUAUAUGUUUGUGCAUGUUUACCAGUGGCUUGAGAAAGGAAUCCACACACCUCAACAGCAAAAACAAUACGAUGUGUGUUAAAAAUUACCACUCAAAGACAAGAAAAGCUGACAGUCACAGAAAAGCAAGUGGCUUUUCAUGAUAAUGACAUUUUUUGCAAAUUCAAUGCAAUGACAUCACAAUGUAUUACUACACAGUGGAGGAAUGUAUGUCCAUGAUCACUGCUUAUUGGUUAUAUACUUGAGAAAAUGUCCUUAUUUGAGGAGAAAUAUGAAAGAUUUGAACCAAAAUCAGAUGUAUUGAGUAGCUAAUUAUCCAAGUGUGUCUCUGUAUUAGCUUGCCAUGCACAUAACAGAAAUUGCAUUAUAUACAAUAACUUCAAAUGUUAGCUUGAAAUCUGGAAAACAAAAUUGCAGGCUGAAACUAAGGCAUAAAAUUUGUAUUCUAGGUCCAUGAAAGGAGUACUGAUAUGAGUAUGUGCAAUAAUUAUGUUUGAAUGAUUUAUUAUGCUGCAACACAAUUGUUUAUUUUACUAGAGUUUGCCUUUAAUUAACUCUAGGUUAGAGUCCAUUACUGUUAGACCAUACAAUACUUUUGCGAGUGCAUUUUGUUAAUGAAAAACAUUUCACAGGGGCUUGCCAGUAGUUGCCAAAGUUUGAGCUUUGAACUUCUUUCUGACAUGCCAUAUCCAAGCGAAUGACAAAGCCUAUGAAUGACCCGAAACGGUAACUGUUAGACAUGAGUCGUUAAAAGCCUCCUUUUUGGACCAAUGUUGUAAAGAGACAUUCAGGACCACAGGGCAAAGUUUUAUGGGUAGGUGUUUUGCCAAGUAACUUUUUAUUGUGUCAUUUCUCUUGGUUCAGAUUUUAAGCAUUCCUGUGGAAGUGGCAAUGUAGAUGGGUUCCCAGAAGACACAAGCUUUGGCAGACUACUGGUGGGGUCACUGUUCUGAUGUAUUAAAGGGAAACCUGUUUUAGUUUUUUCUGAUCUCAUUUUUGUUGUAACCGUGUGUGUGUGUGCGUGUGCAUGUGUGUGUGAAUGCAUUGUUUUACAUUGAGACAACAUUUGCUUUUUGGCAAAUUUGAUAUCCUGGGUAGCCGUGCAAUAGCUUAAUUUGAUUUUGAAUAUAGUUUUAUGACUUUGCUACAUCUGUGUGAUUUAUAUGCAGUGUGUGGUACACUGAUUAAGUGUGUGUUUAAACUAUCUUUAUGUUACACUGCACAGUAUAUUAUCCACCCUAUGAAAGCUCUGAUUGAUGUUGCUUUGCUUGCCUUUCUGCUUUUAGCGGGAGCUGCUUUACUUGGCUUUGAGGUGAAAUUGCCUUGAAAUUGUGCUUGUAACUCUAAGAGCUGCCAAGUCAGGUUUUGUUUGCGCUCAAAUUCUUACAGGUAAUGACUGUUGUCUAGUAUUUCAAAGACAGCGUUGGAUUUUCUAAAUACCAAAAUAUUGUUAAAGCAAAUGAAAUAGAAACAAAUAUGAGGAUUUGAGCCCUUUGUUAGAGCGUAAACAAACCCUUUUGAUAUUUCUAGGGACUUUGUACUGCAGUAUACGUACUACUAGUUAUGAGUUGCGUUUGUAUAUACAGCUUCUAUGUGAUGGAAACUGAGUUUUUGCAUUAUUAACUAGAAUCUGAGGCAGGAUUUAUCUCUUGCUUCUAAUGAACGUGUGUUGUGAUGACAACAA